AUGGUCAUUCAUCAACAGUUUAUUCAGUCAAUUUCUCACCUGAUGUCUAUCUGUUUAUGGGAUGUUAAGACAGGAUAAUAAAAAGCCAAAUUAAUUGGUCAUUCAAAUGGAAUUCUUUCUGUCAAUUUCUCUCGAGACAAUACUACAUUAGCAUCUGGUAGUUUCGAUAAUUCUAUUCGUUUAUGGGAUGUUAAGACAAGAUAGUUAAAAACCAAAUUAGAUGAUCAUCCUGCCACAGUUAAUUCAGUCAAUUUCUCUCCUGAUGGUACUAAAUUAGUAUCUGGUAGUAAUGAUAACUCUGUCCAUAUAUGGGAUGUUAAAACAGGAUAAUAAAUCCUAUCUUCAGAUAAUCGUUAUAAAGACAUCCUUGCAUAAUUUUAACCCAAUAAUUUUACAAACAACCUUCUUCAAAACAAUGGUAUUUUUUGUUCAUUAACUACCCUUUUGAUAUCAUAAUAGCUUAUAUUUUAAUCAUAAGGAGCUCUAAUUUUGAAAGGUGAAUUUAUUAAUCAUUCAGGCAUAAACUUGAAGACAUUAUUUUAUUAACGAGGAAGUUGCAUAUUAGAAAACUAAAUUGGAUUACAAUAAAAACAAUAAUGA